AUGGGCAUGAACAGUAGCAGUGUCAAAGAAGACUUUGUCCUGGUGGGCUUCUCUGAUCAGCCCAACCUAGAAAAGAUACUCUUUGUGGUUGUUUUGGUAUCGUAUCUCCUGACUCUGGUGGGAAAUACAGUCAUUAUUCUGAUCUCCUCUACAGACUCUAAACUCAGAACACCCAUGUACUUUUUCCUUACUCACCUCUCCCUAGUUGAUAUCUGCUUUACUACCAGUAUUGUCCCCCAGCUGCUGUGGAACUUAAGAGGACCAGCCAAAACCAUAACAGCCCUGGGCUGUGCUGUCCAGCUCUACGUCUCUCUGGCUCUGGGCUCCACUGAGUGCGUCCUCCUGGCUGUAAUGGCUUUUGAUCGCUACGCUGCAGUGUGCAAACCUCUUCACUACGCAGCUGUAAUGAACCUGCGGCUGUGCCAGGCUCUGGCAGGGGUUGCGUGGCUGAGUGGAGUAGGAAACACUCUCACCCAGAGCACUGUUACCCUCUGGCUGCCUCGCUGUGGACACCGGUGGCUCCAUCAUUUCUUCUGUGAGGUACCCUCAAUGAUUAAACUUGCAUGUGUGGAUAUCCAUGCCAAUGAGGUCCAGCUAUUCAUUGCUUCAUUGGUCUUGCUCCUCUUGCCCUUAGCACUGAUAUUGAUGUCCUAUGGACAUAUAGUCAAGGCAAUUAUUAGGAUCAAGACAGUCCAGGCCUGGCGCAAAGCCCUGGGGACAUGUGGAUCCCACUUGAUGGUAGUAUCCCUCUUCUAUGGGACCAUUACAGCUGUUUACAUCAAGCCCAACAGUUCUUAUGCCCAUACGUAUGGGAAAUUCAUCUCCCUCUUCUACACAGUAGUGACUCCAGCCCUCAAUCCUCUCAUCUACACACUGAGGAAUAAAGAUGUGAAAGUAGCACUGGGAAGACUUUUUCACAGAGCCAGAGACCUAGGCUCAUAA